AAUUUUUUCUAGCUUCUGCGCAUUGAUCGUUUAUCGUUAUAAACAGAGUUUAAUGUUCUUAUAUAAUUGUAUUUACUGUUUUGAUUUGAACAUCGAUCGGAAUUCGACUGGUUCGAAAAUCGACCGUCAGGAGUCAGGACUAGUGACUAGGGGUCGACACUCGACAGUCGACACUUAAUACUUUAACAGCGACUGACAAGUGGCUACUGAUUGAGUUAAGAUCUCCUUUAUUAGUUAUUACUCUUUUCACUGCCACCUGUUUACUGUCAAAGUGUCAAUAGCCGCUGAGUAACUACUUAGCACAUUCAUAUAAAACGUCUGGCCCGGGUAGUGAAGGCUUUAUUUGUUUUUCCGAAACACGUUUUUCAUGAUGAUGGCGUCUAGUCAAAUCGAUUCGGUCUGAUAAUCAGUAGUGGUUCUCUCCACUUCUCAGGAAAAAAGUACAAUAAAUAGAAAUAUGGGUAGUCGAUCAAGAUAUGGAUUUAGUGAUGAAGACAUGGAAAUAGAUCCUUUAUUUUCAUCUCCUUUUGGAAAUGAUUUACAUCAAAGUACAGGUAGAGGUUUAUUUAUACCGACUUAUGCGCUUGAUGAGCGUAUGAGAAUUGCUGCUGGACUACCACCUACACUACUAAUCAGUACGUCAAACUACGAUACUCAACCUAGAUCUGUACAUAUAAUUGAUCCAGUUGAUCUAGAAAAUCCUGUAGAUCCAGUGGAUCCAAUGGAUCCAAUGGAACCAGUAGAUCCAGUGGAACCAGUAGAUCCAGUAAAUCCAGUAGAUGCUGUUCAAUAUGAAGAAACUAAUUCAGAUUCAUCAGAUUUUUAUCCAACAGGACAUUCAAUUACAAUGUCACCUGUUCAAUUUAUUGCAAGAUCAGUAAGAAGACGUACUCGGAGAUUUUCAGAAACUUCAAGAGAUUCUGAUUCAGAAGAAUCUCUAGUAGGAUUUCCUAUAGAUCCUCCAGCAGGAUCUCCAGUAGGAUUUCCUACUGAAUCUCCAAUGGAUUCUCUAGCAACAACUCCAGAAACAUCUCCAGAAUCAUCUAGAAUGGGAUCUCCAGAAAUAUUUCCAGUAGGAUCUCCAGUUACAUCCUCAAUGGCUUUCUUACCAACAACUCCAACAAGAUCUGCAGCAACAUCUUUAAAACGUGCUUUAGAAGAUACAGAAAGUACAGAACAAAAAACUGAUAACGACAAUCCAGAUGAAGCAUUUUCCUGUUCAAUAUGUUUAGAUACUUUAACUAAUACUGGUUUGCAUAGACCUGCAUGUUUAAAAUGUGGUCAUAUUUUUGGAGAAAAUUGUUUACAAAGAUGGAUUAAAGUUGGAUGUAAUAGUGAUGCAAGAAGAUGUCCAACAUGUAAUGCAAGAGCAAAUUUGAAAGAUAUUAGAGUUUUAUAUACUAAAAAUCUAGUAGCAGUUGAUACAUCACAAAUAACUGCUCUUGAACUUAAAGUGGAAAAAGAAAAUCAAGCAAAAAAUUUAAUGCAGUUGGAAGCAGAAAGGUGGAAAGUGAAAGCUACAUAUUUAGAUAAUGAAGUGAAAAGAUUAAAAACUGUGGUGAAUUCAGAACUACUUAAUAAACCAUCAAUUAGUGAUCCAACCGCAGAUCGACAAUGUAUUAAAAAAAUUAAUCUAUCCAAAAACUUGGGCUGUAGGGUUAUGGCAUUUAAUAAAAAUAAUAUGAUGCUGGUGGUGUCACAGCAGUCUACCACAACAUUAUUCAAGUCACACGUGAUCAAAAAAAUGAAUGGAGCAAUACUGGAACCUUCUAAAGAAUGUAUUUUUGCACAUAGAAGACAAAUUCGUGAUAUGGCAUUCCACCCUAUUGAACAAAAUCUUUUAGCUUCUGUUGGUUUGGAUAAAUGCAUUAAUCUAUCAGAUUUAAAUGUUAACAUGGUGGUUUCUUCUAUAAAUGUUCCAGAACCUCUAUGGUCUUGUUGUUGGGCUGGUGACAAUACUAAUGUGUUAGUUGCGGGUGGUCAAAUGGGGUCUAUAUUUUAUAUUGACCGCAGGUAUAUGACAUUGUUUGACUCUAAACAGGUUCGAAAACCUGGUUGUGUUUCUCUUAACCCACUCCCACCGUCAGCAUCUCGAUCAUUCAUUCAUGGUGGAUUUUUGAAGACUAGAAUGGACUAUUUCUCUGUGUUUGAACCAGAACCUGGACGAGAGCCUUAUGUUUACAAAGAGGCUGAAUUGCCUUUGAAAGGACUUUGGUCUAAUACUGCUUAUGACUGUCAAUCUAAUCUAAUUCUGUCAUCUUCUAAACCAUGUGGUCCCAAUAAAUCUAUCAGAUAUAUUGUAUCUAAAUUAACUGAUUUUAACACAGAAGGACCUGUAUUAAAUCCAGUGGUCACAUUUUAUGGUGGAGAUAAGUCUUCACAAUUAUUCCGCUCAUGUUUGGUACCACCAAGUGGAAGAUAUAAUGAAGACGACAUACUAGCUUGUUGUUUUGAUGAACAAUCAAGCACUAUCAAAGUAUUCAAUGUCAAUGCAGGCAAUAAUGUACAUAAUUUCCAUGUUACUGAAAACUUUAUGGAUCUAUGUCCUUUAACUGGUAUAAUUAUAAAUGGUAGACGAACAGUGGCUGGUUUGUCAGAAAAUGCGCUUAGUGUUUUCUCUGUUUAAAAAAAAAAAAAACAAGACAAAAAUAAAAUAUUUUGUUUUUGUUUGUAUAUGCAUUUAUUAAUUUUAAAUUUAAAUUAAAGAUUUUUCCAUGAACAAAAUUGUAGUGAGUUAUGUGUAUAUACAUUUAAUUAAAUAUUUUGUUAUCCUACAUUGAUAUAUUUUAAACUUAGUUACUUAAUAAGUCUGAUGUCCGUUUGUUUAAAUAUUUUAAUGUUAUGAUUUAUUUGUCAUUUAGUUUUAAUU